AAAAUUAGUUAUAAAUAAACCAUAUGACUUGGUAAUAAACAGCAAUAGUCCUAGUGUAAAGGCAAGUGUUCAAAUGGAAAUACGGAGGAUGUUACCAAAUUUAAUCAAUUCAAACUUAUAUCAUGAAUUUUAUUUUGUUCAUCGGCUAGAUUAUGUAACAAGUGGGGUAAUGUGUAUUGCAUUAAAUAAACAGUCAGCUAGAGCUGCUUCAACAUCUUUUCAAAAAAGGACGGUAGAAAAAUAUUAUUUAGCUCUUGUCCAUGGUCAUAUUAAUAAGCCUUCAAUGAUAAUUAAUGUACUUAUUGGAAAUGAUCUCAGAGAAGUAAAUGGAAACCGUAAAAUGUGUACAAUUGAUAAUAACUUUUGUAAAAAACCACAGAAAUCAUGUACUGCAUUGUUAGUUCUUGAAAAAGGUUAUAGAAAUAAGGAAGCAGUUACUAAAAUUUUAUUGUACCCUGUAACUGGAAGAAGACAUCAACUGAGAGUACACUGUACACAUAUAGGACAUAUAAUUGUAGGAGAUUAUACUUACAGUGAAAAAACUGAUACUGAACCUUAUAGAACUUUUCUUCAUGCAUUAAGAUUAACAAUAAAUAAUACUGUGGAAUAUUUAGAUGUAAGAUCAGUUGAUCCAUUUACUUCAUCUAAUUCCCAAAAUCAGUGGAAACCAUCAAAAAUUUUACGAAUUUUAGAUGAAAGUGCAUUUUCUGAUAUAAAAGAACUUACUUUAAAUACUUAAAAAAAAAUUUUUUUUAUGUAUUUU